GUGAACUUGAUUCUCCUGCUUCAUCCACAGUGAAACACACACAGGUGAACGGUGUGCGGACUUCAGUCUCAGACCUGACCCGCUGUGAUCAACACUAAUGGAUUCGACGGGGGUUUGUGAGAUCGACGUGGGGAGCAGAAGGAUUGUGGGAGGCAGUGACUCUCCCUCUGAUCUGGACAGCCCGUGUCAGGAGGAGGUGGCCGACUUCACGCUGGGCCUGUGCUGCACGGAUGAGGAGAGAGGGGAGACUCCGGGCAGGGAGGACAGCCCCAGCGACCUGGGAGAGGCGGAGCUCGAUCCCGGAGGAGACGUGAAGACCGCAGAGGACAAGGCUUUCGGAAAAGAGGUGGUUCUUCUGAUGCAAGCUCUCAACUCUCUGGCCACUCCUGAGGAGAAACUCGCUGCUCUGUGCAAGAAGUAUGCAGACCUGCUGGAGGAGAGCCGCUGCAUGCAGAAGCAGCUGAAGGCCCUGCAGAAGAAGCAGUCCCAGAUCGUGAAGGAGAAGGUUCACCUGCAGGGAGAGCACAGCAAGGCCAUCCUGGCCCGCAGCAAGCUGGAGAGUCUGUGUCGGGAGCUGCAGAGGCACAACAAGACGCUGAAGGAGGAGAACGCCCAGCGGUCCCGGGAGUACGAGGAGCAGCGGAAGGAGGCCAUGCAGCACUUCCAGUUGACCCUGGUUGACAUUGAGGCGCAGAUGGAUCAGCACAGCGCCCACAACAUCAAGCUGAGGCAGGAGAACAUGGAGCUGGCCGACAAGCUCAAGAAGCUCAUCGAGCAGUACGAGCUCAGAGAGGAGCACAUCGACAAAGUGUUCAAGCACAAGGAGCUGCAGCAGCAGCUGAUGGACGCCAAGCUGCAGAGAAUCACAGAGAUGAUGAAGGAAGUGGAGGAGAAGCAGCAGCUGGAGCGAGACUUUCUGCUGAAAGACGCCACAGAGUCCAGACGCAAGUGUGAGCUGAUGAAGGAGCAGGAAGCGCAGCUCAAGCAGCAGCUCUCUCUCUACAUGGACAAGUUUGAGGAGUUCCAGAGCACUCUGGCGAAAAGUAACGAGGUCUUCACCACUUUCAGACAAGAGAUGGAGAAGAUGACCAAGAAGAUCAAGAAGCUGGAAAAGGAAACAACGCAGUGGAGGACCAAAUGGGAGAGCAACAACCAGGCCCUGCUGCAGAUGGCAGAGGAGAAAACCCUGCGGGACGGCCACUUCAAGGCGCUGCAGGGGAAGCUGGAGCUGCUGGAGCGGCUGUGCAGGGCUCUGCAGAAGGAGAGGAACGACCUCAACAACCGGCUCAGCCUGCUCCAGGAGCAGGGAGACAAGGAGAGCGCGGCGCCUCCCGAAGCCACGCCGCAGGAGCCGUCGGCCGAGGAGGAGGGAGAGGAGGAGGACGACUCCGAGGAUUCGGCACAGAGCGACGGCCUGGAGUCGGGGGGCAUCCACCAAGCUCCCAGACCACCUGAACUGGACCCGGUACUGGCUGCUGACCACGAAACCACCACCACCGCCACGGCUGCUGCUGCUGCUGCGCAGCCGAGCAGCCAGCCUGCAGAGGCCAGCAGCUCGCAGCAGGACUGAAGGAGCCUCCAGUGAAACAAUCCUCAAUGGAGAUAGAUUUCCUGUCUUUAUAAGUUCUAGACAGUCUUCUGCACACAAGCCCCUCUUUUUGUGCUCUAGCGUGAGAACUCGGUUAUUACAUUUACAUGGGUUGGAAUAAUUGGCUUUGUGGCGAGCACUUCGUACUCCCUGUUUUCUAGCAUAACUAUUUUCAUAAGACGUCACGCAGUCCGGUUGAAGGUACUCAAAGUCUAAUUGGCUGGUUUUUUUCGUUUCCCUCUUCAAGUUGCUCUCUGGGCUCGCAAUCUCUUUGGAAAUUCUCAUCACAUACCAUCAUGUUUGUAUUUCCAGCCAGCGUGCGAUCUGAUUGGCUGAAAGAGAUGUAGUUCUCUUCUGAAGUGAGGACCAAUGACGCCACCUUUUCCGACACCAGUCUAAACGGCGAGCGAGUCAGUUUGCCGCAUUGUUGACGCCAAACGGUCUCUGUCCCAUCAGUUCAUGAAUGAAAUCGCCUGAAGCUGCACAUGCAGGUCUUGGUGCUUCAGACGCAGCCUGAGCCUCCUGCCGUCAUUUCUCCAGACCCUCACUGCAGCAGCACUCAUCUCUUAAGGCGGCAACUUGAAUCAACAUCUGAUUGAGCUAUUUCCUGCUGUGCGUUAAAAUCAACCUAGACUGAACGGAAGAAAGGUAAACAAAAAUUGAUAAGUUAAAUAUGUCUGUGCUAAGAAGUGUUUUUGUUUUAAGUGUCUCUGAAACCUCCUGGUUUGUACAGUACUGUACUGAUAACGGCCCUGACAGAAGCGUGGUAAAGUGAUGGACUGGAAAGGAUUCAGCCUGUUUUGUGCAAUCUGGAAGACGGUGCAAGAGCGAUCAUCAGUAUUGUAUCUCUCUGUGUGUGGCUGACUGAAGGUUGGUCGUUUGUGGUGCGAUGCUGAAUGCAGUUGGUUUAUAAGGCUUUUAGAAUCAACUUUAAAACUAGUGGCGGUUUGAAUGAAUGACCUGAUGUAAAGACGUGAAAACUGAAUGUCCACAAACCAAACCGUGUCGUUCGAUUUCCCACAAAAUCUGCGCCGAGUCGACGAGUUAUUACCGACACGAAAGAUAGCAGAGUGACUUAAUAACUAUGAGUUUUAUUAUUGAAUGUCAUUUACUUUUCUUUAAAAGAUAUGGAUUUCUUAUGAGUAGGAAUUGUGAGCGGAGGGGUGUGUGUGUAAACGGUCGAUAAGGUGAAUGUACCUGCAGCUCCGGAUCUCGUUUGUGGUGACGUCUGCCUUCCUCCUCUUCUCGGGGCUCAUCAAGGGAGAGACGCCGCGCUUCAGUUUGUCAUUUAGCACUUUUCCUGGAUGUCACACUUUCACCUCGCUGCCUCACUGCGUCCUGCUCUAAUAACGCGACAGUCCCGCAUCUGUGGGCAUCAUCUCAACUUCUCCCUGCGAGACAAACCACACACUUCCUGUGAGGUUGAGGCCUGAGAGCCACUCUACUGUAGUCUGUAAGAUCCACACCGUGCAGAUUUGGGUAAUGUUUCCUCCUUGUUUCCCUCGGCCCCAGACUCACUCUCAGGUAACGUCACAAUCUACCUCUGCAGGUGAGACUAACUGUGAAACGAGGCGAGAGUCACUAGAGAGUCGAAGAGCUUUUUUCCCCUUCUAAAUAAAAAAUGAGCCCACCCCCCCCUUCUGAUUGUACAAUGUUCUUCUAGUCUUGUCUUGCUUUUCAAUAAACUUUUUGUAGAAUUUGUAA